AUGAACUCGCAUUCUGCAAUGCAAGAUGGAUUGAGUCAGCCAACAAAGGUUGAAAAGAGAAAUUUAUCAAUUCAAAGUAAUCACAAACAAGCCUGUACGAACCUUUUUCCUUUUCCAAGACAAUCUAUCGAAUACUCUUGUCUUGGGUUCCAAAUAUCGACUCUUGAACAGAAAAGAAAACUUUUCAACUUUUGA